AUGGCCUACCAGUACUUUAUGAUGUAUUUUGGUGUAGCCUUCAUUCUCUUUGGAAUCUCCACUGCAGCAUACACAAGCAUCCAUCAACAUUGUCCAACAAAUUGUAUUUGUGAUAUCAAAAGCUUUUCAAUAGGCUGUACCGGUACAUAUAAUUCCGAAAUUCAAGCUCCAUCUGAACACCUGCAUACUUAUUUUGAAGUACACCGUGUGAACAAAUUCAGCCUCCAUCGAAGCAUUUCAGAUUUAAAUGUCUUAAAGAAUUUGCCUGCAGGUGGAGUGCAGAUUCUGAAUGUCUCUGAUAAUUCAUUACAUGAAAUAACUUUCGGCCAUGUUGUAAAUUUUGACAAUGUUGUCAGCCUGGAUUUGUCGCGUAACUUAAUCGAUUCCAUUGAAGCUAGUGCCUUUUAUUUCAUUAGUGAUAAACUGCAAGCCUUAAAUAUAAGUUUCAACUUGCUCAAUACCAUUCCAGUAGAUGCUUUCAAGAAUCUUGAAAGUUUACGUUCGUUAAUUUUGCGAAACAAUCGUCUAGAGUCAUUACCAACGACCAUUUUCCAUGAUCUCAACAAUUUGGAAACGUUGGAUUUGAGUUUCAAUAAACUUUCUUUUCUAUCAUCCAAUCAUUUUGAAGUUUUGUCCAAUUUACAGACAUUAUAUCUAAAUAACAAUAUGUUCCGUACAUUCCAUGCAGACGUUAUUCCGAGUCUUUCUUUGAUUCCAUCCAUAGAUGUGUCUUUUAAUCCAUUUGAAUGUUCCUGUGCCGUUCAUCCAUUGGUCAAUAUGAUAAAGGAUUCCUCUGCUAAUCUAAUUAGUGCAGACGACACAGCAUGCAUUUCACCAGACUAUUAUCAAGGGAGGUUACUCCAAGAUGUAGACAUUGAAAAUCUGAAUUGCAGUCAUCCAGUCAUUGUGGGCAUAUCUUCUGAUCAAACAGUGCUACAUUUUACAGAUUUGAUGUUGUCAUGUGACGUUACGGGCUACCCCAACCCGUCUGUUGUAUGGUUCACGCCCUGGGGUACAGUGUUCUCUCAUCAUACGUCACAUCAUUUAAUAGGGGAUCACGCAGUACAUCAUAGCGUCACGUAUUCAUACCUUGGUCAAAAACUUUUCGUCACUACAACAGUCAGUGCUUUGGCAAAUGGUUCCCUCCAUAUUGAUAAAUUCCGGGGAUUUUUCUCUGGAAAUUAUAAGUGCUUAGCUUUUACACCCGUUGGAAAUGUGUCUGCUUCGACAUCUGUGCAAAUUUAUUCAGCUUUCCAAAAAGUGUACAUAGAAAGCUUAAUAUGGGGUGGAAUUACAGCUGCUGGUUUUCUGGUAUUUGGUAUAAUUGUGGCUAUUGUGAUUACAACCAUCAGACGUCUGUGUUGUCCAAACUUCUUCAUGGUGGAAGAAAAGCAAAAAAUCCCUGAAAUUAUCAUUGUGCCUGCGAGCGAAUGUUCGUCUGUAUGUCUUUCAGAUAAGGAGGAUGAUUUCGACCAUCCACCAGAAGCUGUUUUAACUAACCCAGUGACUGACUCUUCUUCAGUGGAGUCUGAAAAGCUCUAUUCACCACCAGAAAGUCCACCUCAGGGAUGGCUCUCGUCCAAUAUGAUAGAAUCCAUUGGAGAAGUGAAGAGUAAACUUCGGUAUGGCAUGGGAAGGAAGAUAGAGACUGUCAGAUCUCACACGAAGGCCAUCAAAGACAGUGGUGUCAAGAAAUACGAAACGGUUCGCUCCACCGUGAAAACUAUGAAGGAUACGGGAGAGAAAAGAAUGGAGAGAAAGAUUGAGACUAUUCGUACCAACGUCAGGUCUUUCAAAGACAGUGGUACCGUUUACAUGCAGAGUAUUAAAGACACCAGUAGUCACGCAGCUCAUAAAGUUCGGGCUGGUGUUGUCAUGUCGGUUGAAACUAUGAAAUAUACUGUCCAAUCAAUGAAAGAAUUGUGCGGUACGGGAGAAAUGGGUGGCGGCACCAUUUCGAUGGUAUCCAUGGAAACAGAUAUUGACUCUAAUGAAUCGAAGGAAGUAUUACGCUCAGUUACUUAUGUUUGA